AUGGCCGCGAGUGUAGCGAAACAAUACCACGACGCAAUACGGAAACAAAAGAAGAAGCACUGGAAUGAGUUUCUGGCGAACAACGAUAACAUAUGGAAAGCCGCUAAGUACCUGAAGUCAGGAGACGACGCAGCCUUCGGGAAGGUACCGCAGCUCCUCAAAGCAGAUGGAACGGUUACCGCCGAUCAUAAGCAGCAGGCAGAAGAACUCCUGACCAAAUUCUUCCCGCCCCUGCCGAAAAACAUUGAAGAUGAAGGAACAAGACCACAAAGAGCACCGGUAGAGAUGCCGCCCAUCACCAUGGAAGAGGUAGAGCGGCAAUUGCUCGCAACGAAGUCUUGGAAGGCACCGGGCGAGGACGGCCUACCGGCAAUAGUGUGGAAAAUGACAUGGCCCGCGGUCAAGCACCGGGUCCUUGAUCUCUUCCAAGCGUCGUUGGAAGAUGGCACACUGCCAAGACAGUGGAGACACGCAAAGAUCAUCCCGCUGAGAAAACCAAACAAGGAAGACUACACCACUGCCAAGGCAUGGAGACCGAUCUCACUCUUCGCGACACUGGGCAAGAUCCUGGAAUCGGUGGUGGCAGAAAGGAUCUCACACGCCGUGGAGACCCACGGCCUGCUUCCGACCAGCCACUUCGGGGCCCGAAAGCAGCGGUCCGCGGAGCAGGCACUCCUGCUCUUGCAAGAGCAAAUCUAUACGGCGUGGCGCGGUCGACGGGUGUUGAGCUUGGUCAGCUUCGAUGUCAAAGGGGCCUACAAUGGGGUUUGUAAAGAACGACUACUCCAGAGGAUGAAGGCGCGGGGGAUACCAGAAACGCUGCUCCGGUGGAUCGAGGCGUUCUGCUCGGAACGAACAGCGACCAUCCAGAUCAAUGGGCAGGAGUCUGAGAUUCAAACCCUUCCACAGGCUGGGUUGCCUCAGGGCUCACCCCUGUCCCCGAUCCUAUUUCUCUUCUUCAACGCAGACCUCGUGCAGAGACAGAUCGACAGCCAGGGAGGAGCAAUUGCUUUCGUGGAUGAUUUUACCGCAUGGGUGACCGGGCCAACCGCUCGAAGCAACCGGGAAGGAAUUGAAGCGAUAAUCACGCACGCACUGAAAUGGGAAAGCAGGAGCGGGGCGACUUUUGAGGCGGAGAAAACAGCUAUUAUACACUUCGCCCCUAAGACCUACAAACUGGAACAGGAGCCCUUUAUCAUCAAAGGGCAAAGCGUUGAGCCCAAAGAGAAGGUCAAGAUCCUGGGGGUUUUGAUGGACACGAGACUAAAGUACAAAGAGCAUAUCGCGAGAGCAGCGUCCAAAGGUCUGGAGGCAGCAAUGGAGCUCCGACGACUCCGAGGUCUGUCCCCAGCGACAGCACGGCAGUUGUUCUCAUCGACGGUGGCCCCAGUAGUUGAUUAUGCCUCAAAUGUCUGGAUGCACGCUUUCAAGAAUCAGAACAUGGGAACGAUCAAUCGAGUUCGAGUCCAAAGGGUAGGAGCACAAGCGAUCGUGGGGACCUUCCUCACAGUUGCGACCAGCGUGGCUGAGGCCGAGGCCCACAUUGCCGCUGCACAGCAGCGAUUCUGGAGACGGGCCGUGAAGAUGUGGACAGACAUACACACGCUACCGGAAACCAAUCCUCUUCGCAGAAAUACAGACCGGAUCAGGAAGUUCAGGAGAUACCACCGCUCACCACUAUACCAAGUAGCGGACGCGAUGAAAAACAUCGAGAUGGAAUCGCUGGAAACCAUCAAUCCGUUUACGCUGGCACCAUGGGAAGCACGCAUGCAAACUGAUGAUGAGGCCAUUCUCGAGACAUCAGAUGUACCCGGCGGGUCAAUGCAGGUCGCAUUCAGCAGCUCGGCGCGGAAUGAGCUGGUUGGAUUCGGGGUGACGAUCGAAAAGCAACCACCUCGCUACCGGAAAGUGAAAUUGAGGGCCUUUUCCAUUACGCUGGGCGCAAGAAUAGAGCAAAAUCCAUUCUCCGCGGAGCUAGCAGCAAUGGCGCAUACACUGAAGUCGUUCGUGGGAUUGAAAGACUACAGGAUUAAACUGCUCACGAGUAACAAAGCGGCGGCUCUCACGCUGAAGAGCCCUCGACAACAGUCGGGUCAGGAAUUUGUCUGCCAAAUUUACAAGCUGAUGAGAUGA